AUGCUAUUAUCACUUCAUCGGAGAAUACCAUCCUCAAUACGCUGGGGUCGAAUCUUUAUACAGACAGUACGACAUAAUUCAUCGUUAACUUCUUCGCAGAUACAAAAUAUACAGCAAUUUCUAGAAUAUGCUGCCAAAAAUGGUCUAGAUUCAAAAUCUACAGUAUUUAAUGGAACCAUUUAUGAACUAUAUGUUAAGCAAUUCCUUGAAAAGGGAUUUCAUUGUACCGAAAUGAUUAAAGUUGGUGGUAAGGGAGAUGAAGGAGUUGAUUUAAUUGGGAAAUGGGACUUAAGUUAUUUCCAUAAAAAGUCAAUUGAAUUAUUUCCUGGUCUGAAACCUGGUGACGAAUCAAUUUUAAAUAGAGUAACUCCUACUAAUGAAAGCAAUUCAGAUUUGAGUGAUAUCAAUGUUUUAGUUCAAUGUAAGAAUCUGAAAUCAAAACUUAAACCUAACUUGAUUAAAGAAUUGACAGGUAUAUUUUAUUUUCAUAGACAUGACCCAAAGAAUACAUUUAUGUUUAUAGUUAGCCCUCACUUAUUAACAACGGCUGCCUUAAGACUGUUUGAAGCUACAGAUUGCCCUAUGAUACAUAUCCAAGUGUCUUCUUUAUAUAAUCACACUGAUGAUGUUUAUGACUUGACAAAAUAUCAUGGUGGUAUCUUUUCUGGAUUAUAUUUAAAUACUCUGGCAAGGAAAUUAUUAUCAGGUAUCAGAAUUCAAGAUCUACUUGGAGAUAAAAUGUUUCAUGGAAAAGAUAAACUAAGAGCAAGUCUUUUGAGUUAG